CAGCAUGUUUGUCAACCCAAAUCUUAAUGCAAUUCCAUUAUCGUCACCUGAUAAGCAUCAUUUUUAUUAUAAAACACCUGCACCAAAUUACAUGGAAUUAAAACCAGGCACAGACAAAUAUCUUAAUGGGAAAGAGCUUACUGUUGGUUGUACAACUUGUGCUGAUUUACAAACUAAAAACCCCACGUGUUGAACAACAAAAGAGAAGAAAUUUAAAAAUGAUGGAACGAUAAAAGAAUAUGAACAUUUAUUAUUAUUUUUAGUCCAAAA